GACAAAAUAUUCGGGACACAGUGAAGUUAUAAUUUUCAAUCAAAAUGCCAAUUCCAUGUUCAAGGAAGUGUGGGAAAGAUGCUACUCUCAAAAGACCAAAAACUGGACAUGCGUUAUGUAAAGAAUGUUUUUUCGACGCCUUUGAAUCUGAAAUUCAUCAUACAAUUACACUAGGAAAAUUAUUUAACCCGGGUGAGAAAAUUGCUAUUGGAGCAUCAGGAGGAAAAGAUUCAACUGUACUAGCAUAUGUGUUAAAAACUUUGAAUGAACGAUACAAUUAUGGAAUUGACUUGUUUCUUUUGUCUAUUGAUGAAGGAAUUACUGGGUACAGGGAUGAUAGCUUGAAAACAGUUCAACAAAAUAAAACUGAUUAUGGGUUACCAUUAAAAGUAUUAUCUUACAAAGAGUUGUAUGGGUGGACUAUGGAUGAAAUUGUAGCAGAAAUAGGUAAAAAGAAUAAUUGUACCUUUUGUGGCGUCUUUCGAAGACAAGCAUUAGACAGAGGUGCUGCUCUGUUGGGGGUAGACUGCAUUGCAACAGGCCAUAACGCGGAUGACAUAGCAGAAACAGUAAUCAUGAAUAUCUUACGUGGAGAUGUUGCACGGCUACAAAGAUGCACUUCAGUCAUUACUGCAGGAGCAGAUUGCAUAAAACGAUGUAAGCCGCUUAAAUAUGCCUAUGAGAAGGAGAUUGUAAUGUACGCGUAUUUCAAACACUUGGUGUACUUUUCAACUGAAUGUGUAUUUGCACCAAAUGCGUAUAGAGGUCAUGCAAGAACAUUCCUGAAGGACUUAGAAAAGAUUAGGCCUUCGUCCAUAUUAGAUAUAAUACAUUCUGGAGAAACAUUAGCAGUAAAAGAUACUGUUAAAAUGCCGGAACGAAGAAGCUGUUCUCGUUGCGGAUAUGUUUCGAGUCAAGAAGUAUGCAAAGCUUGCAUCAUGUUGGAAGGUUUGAAUAGAGGACUACCCAAACUUGGUAUUGGAAAAACUAAUAAAAUUAAGCGUAUAAUGGACUCGUUUAACGCAACUGCGAGUAGUGCAGAAAACGAUACUGAAAAAGAGAAACAAAAAGAUUUAGAAUUUUGACAUUUUUUAUAUGUUGUAUUCUCGUGUAUGAAAAUAUAUCAUAUUUUUCAAUUUUCCUCUUUAGAAUGCUCUUGUAAUUAAAUAAAGCUAUUACACGCGCUAAA